AUGAAAAAAAAAAUUAAUGUAAAGUAAAAAAGAAAAAUAAAUGAAGUCAAAAGCUCAUAAAUUAAUUAAAAGAGUAUUUAUUAUAUUUACUUUAUAUUUAAUUUUAUAUUAAGAGUUUAACAAUCUAAAAUAAAUAAAUUGCUUUUACUUCAGAUAAAGUGUUAAAUUAAGAUAUUAGCGCAUUUUGAUUAACUAGAGCUUAAAUUUGAUGCACCAACUGCGAAAUUCAAUUGUUACAUUUUAAUAUUGAAAAAAAUGUAUUUAAUUAAUUAUUUGGUUAGAUAAAACAAAUUAUUAAAAAAAUGGGUGGGGGUAGGUCAUGUGUCUUAACUUAGGGUAGGAUCGAUUAUCUGGUUUUUUUAUUAAUUAAAAUUUUAACCGAGGGGGUAAAAAAUUUAAUUAACCUACCCCACCUGA